AUUUCAUAAAACUAUAACAUUUAUUUGUAAAUAUUAAUAGGACAUAUUGAGGAAAUUCUAAGGAUAUUUAUAAUAUCUCUUUAAUAGGCAUCGAUAAGACUUGUUUGGAGCAUUGAUAGGAUAUCUAAAGUGGGCAUUGAUAGGAUAACUAUUCUAGGCAACUAUUGUUAACAUUACUAGGGCAACUAAUGUUGACAUUGAUAGACCAUGCCUAGAGGACAUUUAUAGAACAUCUAUUUUGGACAUUGUCUUCUACUGUACCUAGUUAGUUUCGUUUACAACAUGACAACUAACAUAACAGUUAGUCCGGUGUUAGUUUCUAUCCCUAGGUACGACGGACUCAUGUCGUCAGAGGCCACAACGCUGACCACCUUAAUACUCAACUACAUCAACCUGUCCGUCGCAGCAAUCGGCGUGGCCACUAACGUCAUCAAUGUGUUGGUCUUCACGAGGGCAGGGCCUGGCGUCAACGCCACGUCCACCAGCUUUCUGGCCCUCAGCCUCUCGGACUUGUGCUUCUUGUUGCUCGUGUCCGUGUUCAUUGUGCUGCGCAUCCUCAACAAGCUGAUCCAGACUCCGGGGAUACCCUUGACCUAUCUCAGCUUCACUGUGGUGACCUACUGGCACUACGCCUACAACACGUCCGUUCUCAUCACUACCUACACGGCUGUCCAGAAAGCAUGCUGCGUGGCCAUACCGCUCACCUUUAAGAACAUAUUUACAGUGAAGCGAACGAUUUGGAUACUUAUACUUAUCGUCUUUGGGCUUCUGGCUUUCUAUCUGCCUCUGAUGUCCACAAUGUCAAUCACACAAACUGUGGUCUCUGGUACCAACAAGACAGUCUACAUCUUCAGCUACGCCCCCAAGAGCAUCACCAGCACCUUCGACAUGACUCUGCAGAACAUCCUGCCGACCCUGACCUUGGCCGUGGUGAUGCUAUGUCUUAUGGUCCUUGUGGUCAAGCUGAGGCAAGCCUCGACCCUGCGCAAGUCCAUGACGGCCACGGAAGAAGAUGAGGAAGUAGGGAAAGGAAAAUCGAAAGAUGGGUCGGCCUUCAACGCCAGGGAGAUCAAGGUCAUCCAGGCGGUGUCCGCCGUGUCCUUGAUGUUCGUCGUCUGCAACCUGCCGCCCAUCCUGGUGACGUACGCCACGUUCAUCGAGCCGGAGUUCAACGACUACCGUUACUAUGGCAACCUGUACUCGGUGGUGGGGUCAGCUAGGAUCACAUUACAAAUUAUCUGCGCCACGGUCAAUAUAUUUGUGUACUACUACUUCAACUCCGGGUACAGGGCAUCCCUCCUGGCAUCCUUUUGUAUCAACAAGUCUAGAGGCUAA